AUGUCUCUCGAGCAGGCCGCCCGCGACCUCGCCGAGGCCGUCAGCGGCAUCGACUACGACGGCGCCGCCGUGCACAAAUGCCGCGUCGCCCUCCACGGCGGCAUGGCCACCGCCCGCCCCGAUGAGCUCGCCGCCGCGCUGCAGAUCCUCGUCGACCGCCUCGCCGCCGCGCACGUCGACGACGCCGACGGCGUGGCCUUUGCCGCGCUCACGGCCGGCGCCCUCGUCGAGACGGGCUCCCCCGUCGCGCCCCUCGCCCAGGUGCUCCUCGCCAAGGUCCCCGCGUUCCUCGCCAAGGUCCCCGCGUUCCUCGUCGCCGCCCGCCGCUUCGCCGACCUGUGCCUCGCCGACCUGCCCUCCGCCGCCGAGGAGGAGGCCAACCCGCCGCCCGAGGACCAGGUGCUCACCGAGAUCGACGGCCGCCGCAUCACCCACUACGUCUUUCGCAGCCACGUGCCCGAAGACCGCGGCGGCGCGUCCGCGCUCGCCCUGCUGCAGCCGUGGACCCUCCCCGCCGUCGCCGCGCUGUCCCGCGACCGCGACGCCCUGCGCGCCGCCGCCGCCCCCGACAGUGCCCUGCGCCGCGCCGCGCUCACCCUGACGCAGUCGCACGCCCAGUGGCUCGCCAUCCUGCUCGGCGCCCAGCUCGACGCACCGUGGCUGGUGCUAUGCCCGAGGGAGCGGCGUGGCUUCCGCGUCGUCGUCGACGGCGUCGUGAGCAACUACGAUCUACACGCGCUCGUGGGCGAUGUGCUCGUCGAGCGCGGCCUGCCGGGCAACCGCAACCCGGCCGAGCUUAUUGCGUACAUCAAGGGUGAGUCGCCCGCCCGCGGCGACGUCGAGUCCGUCCGCAGCCAGUUUCAGUUUUACGAGUGGCCGGCUGCCGCGUACGAUUGGGCCGGCGGUGACGACGACGCGCACGCGCACCCUGCGGACUACCACGUUAGAGGCGAGGGGAUUCCCAGCGACGUGUCCCGCUUCCGGGAUCUGCCGACGCUGAUUGUCGGCCCGCAGGCCAUUGAGCGCUCGUGGAACAACCCUCGGACGUUUGGGGGGCUACAAUGCAGCGUAAGCGUCACAGAAGAGAUCGGCGAGGACGAGUUGGCUUCCUUGCUGGCGGAAAUGAAGGCGGCAGCGCCGCCGGUCGAAUGA